AUGAGUAUCCAUCCCCUCCAAUCCCGUCGGGAUAAAGAAUUCCCUCUCCAGAUCUGCCAAACGGCCCUCUCGCCCUGGACCUUGCCCGUGCUCCCUACGCCAGCUACCAUUUCCAAGGCCCGUCGCUCUCUGAUAAACACGCUUCCCACCACCGGAUUGGGAUUUUCAGAGACAAAACGACACAUAGUCGACGAUAUUAUCCCCGGCUUCAACGGCAGCAGCCUCAGUGCCAAUUACUAUGCCUUUGUCACAGGCGGCGUGACACCCGCUGCUUUGUUGGCCGAUACUAUCGUAUCUGCCUACGACCAGAAUGUGCAUGUGCACCUUCCAGACCACUCCGUAGCAACGGAUGUGGAACAUCGGGCUUUGACGUUGCUGCUUGAUUUGUUCGAUCUAGAUCAUAAAGUCUGGGUCCACAAGACCUUGACAACCGGCGCGACGGGUAGCAAUGUGCUUGGACUCGCUCUUGGCAGAGAGUUUGUUCUUCGGGCAGCUGUGGAAAGGAAGGUAGGAGCGGAUCGCGCGGUUAUUAAGAGCGUGGGUGAACAUGGUAUGGCGGAAGUAUUGCUUGCUGCGGGCCUAAAAGGGUUACAAGUUCUGUCCACGUAUCCGCAUUCGUCAAUUGGAAAAGCAGCGGGAGUUCUGGGUAUUGGUCGGGCAAAUGUUAAGAGCAUCUGUGCUUCUGGUGGGAGCGAGAAUCAACGCCCACUUAGGUUUGAUUUUGAGAUUCUAGAAAAGGAAUUAUCUAGAAGCGAUGUGGCAAGCAUUGUUGCGGUGUCUUGCGGUGAAGUGAAUACGGGACAUUUUGCGACAGGGGGUCUUGAAGAGUUUAGGAAGAUACGGCAGCUCUGCGACAAGUACAGUGCUUGGUUACACGUUGAUGGCGCUUUUGGGAUGUUUGGACGUAUUUUGAAAAGCGGCAAAGAAUUUGACCGUGUUUUGAAAGGAUGCCAGGGGCUUGAAUUGGCAGACUCCAUAACAGGGGACGCUCAUAAAUUACUCAAUGUUCCCUACGAUUGCGGCAUUUUCUUCUCACGCCACGCGGAUAUCGCAGAGGAUGUCUGCAGGAACCCUAACGCGGUCUAUCUAAGUGUUGGUGCUGAUCGGUUGCUGGCUGGCUAUUUGAGCAUCCAGCUUACGAAGUUCUUCCUCACAACCCAGUGA